AGAGGAGCUUUCAGCUAGGUUGCAACUUUUGCAUGCUGCCACAGAAUGACCUUUACGAAGUUUUUUGGGCUGUUUGCUUUGCUAGUGAUUUCUCUCAAGCUGUGUCUGUGUAGCGGUAAGUAUCCCGUUGAUUUUUUAGCUGGUUUGAUUUGAUAGUUCUACAUUAUUUAGACAAACGUCAGUCCCAAUGCUAAACUUGCUGAUUAUGCUUUAUUUGAUUUCACGGCUUGAUCUGCAGAGUAGAUGAAAAAAAAUAUAGGAACAUUGUUUUUAUACAUCUCUUAAUUAUCCAACUGUCAGCUAAUUUUCAAUUUUCGAGCUGGUUUACAAGGUAGAUCAGGCAAAAUUACCAAUCUGGGACAACGCCUAAUGGGUGUGAAGCGCCUCUGGAGAAAAAUACACCCGUGCAACUACGUAGAUUUUAGAUCCUCCGCCACAAGAUAGUCGAGGCGAAGAAUUUUAAUGUGGCUCGAUUGUUCAUUUUAUCAUUAAGAGUUGCACAAUAUUUUACCUUGGGGCCUCAAAGUCACCCCUAAGUCCACCUUUUCAGUCUUGUGAAUGUUAAUGAGUCCAUGCGUGUUAAGAUCAUUUUGCUGAAUGCGUAGCAGCAGAAAUUUUGGGGUGAACAAAUCAAUUUUCGUUGCAUACAUUUUCUUAAAACUAGGGUAAAAUUCGCUAAAAGACACCGAUUAUAGCUAACUCCAGUUAAAUUUCAGCAUUUUUUAUUUUUCUUAGGUUCGGAAAAAAUAUUGACCACCUUUUUCCGAUAUUCCUUUUAGUAGAUGUCUUCCAAGCUGGAGAGGUUAAUAUAACUGACACCUCCCAAAACAAUCAUGGUUGCCAGUCCGUCUCGUUCAAAACCCAGUUCCAAGGCUCGGAUGACGUCAAAGUCUUUGUUACUCUUAGUCAUGGCAACAAACAUAUCAAAAUCCACGACCCAGCAGUACUGUGGGUAAAAUCGAUCUCUACGUCAGGAUUUAAGGUUUGUGUUCGCGAGGCAGGAAGUGGUUCAGCAGGCACGUCUGUUAUCAAUUGGCUCGCAUUUCAGGGGUCUCAUCAAGGAAUUAAGUCUGGCACCGUGGACUUUGAUGAAUGGACCACAAGGACACAGUGCAAGCGAGUAUCGAUCACCGAUAACCAAAGUAAUGUAAGUCUCAUUCGUAACGUGUUUAGCGUGUGACUGUAUUAGCCAAGAAUGUUCUCAUACGGUUUAGUUGUCAAGCUACUGUUGAAACAAGCUUUAUUCAAAUGAAUGCGAACUUCAAAAUAAAAAAUUACUUCUGAUAUCUCUUAAUUUUCAUCUGAACCGUAUACAGAUUCACCUCUUGCCCCUGGAACGGAAAAGGAGACUCUAAAAGCUCAAUUUUUAAGUUUCUAAGUCUCUGAUUUACUCACUUUCCUCUCACUCUCUCACAGGGUUUCAAGAACAAGCCAAAAGUGUUCAUUACUGUUCAGCAUAAACAUACAGACAGACCCUAUGACUCCAUGAAUCUAUGGCUGGAAAAUGUCAGCAGAAAUGAAUUUAAUGUCUGUAUGAGAGAGUUCAUGGCGUUUGAUGGCAUUCACUCAGACCUCAAAGUGGUACGUUGACUCUCCAAAAUUUUGCGAUAAAUGAGCAGUACUGCGCUCAGAUUGAAGCGACGGAAUCCUAUGUAAUUCCUAAAGUUCAUGUAAGGCGCAAACUGAGUUGAUUAGUUCUAUCUUCCUUUUUUUUUCGCAUCGUCUUUUUGUGUUUUUAGGCCUUUUAUUCCCUUGUUUCACAACAGCUUAGUUUAUAUUUUUCUUGUAUAGUUUAUAAUAUUUGACUGUUAAUUUUUUUCUUUUCUAAUAAUUGAUUUAUACUUUUGGCUUCACCAGCAUUGGUUUGCUUAUGACCUGUUACCUUCCAACUGGAACUUCACUGAAGAAGGAAAGAUUCAUUUCGCCGGAAAUAGUGCGCCAUUACGAAAAAAUAAUUACGCUUUUUGCCAGGUGGGAAGUUUCUGGCAUGAUUAUUUAAUUUUUUCGAUGUUUUUUUGCUGUUGUUUUUGUUCUUUUCUUUUUUGCUAUUUUUGAUCGUAGCCAAGGUGAUAGGAAGAGUUUAAUUUGAACAUUUCAAACAUGCUGAGGUCAAGAGAGCUUUUUACAUAUCUAUUUUCAUGAACAGGUCUAACCAUCGUUGAAAGUUUUAAGUCUAUUUUUUGGUGUCUGAAAUCAGGAUUUUAAGUUUGAAAACCCAUUUUACGAGCCGCCUACAGUCUUGAUAUCUGGAAGUCACGAAAACAUCUCAAGUGCAUUAUGGGGCAACUCAGAAGGUCGUUGUAACAAUGCUAUAAACAUUUGGAUAGAGGUAACAUAUUCAUAUGAGAUAAUUGUUUUUACUAUUUUUCCUUGCAUCCGUUUGUUGGUUUGUUUCUCUGUCCUCCUUUGCUUGGAUUUUUUUGUGCGUUUUUUUGCCUUAUUGUCCAUGUGUUUGUGAUGUUUGUUGCAAAAGAUAGAGCACGUAUAUUGUUAAAGCAAUCGGGGGCUGCAACUCAUGGAAAUGAGGAUUAAGGAAUUAAUUAGAACAGAUAUCAUUUUUCGCGCGUUAAUUUCUCCAAAGGGUUUUAGGAAUCACCUCUCAACUUAGUAAUUCAGAUGUCAGUUGUAUUUGAGGUGGGGCUGACAUUAUUUUAAAUUUAAAGUAAUGACCAAUUGUUUUCAAUUUGCUCUUGUAGGAGGUCAGUCGGUCAGCAUUCAAGGUUUGUGUCAAGGACAGCCAGGGAUUAAGCAAGAAUCAUGACUUAAUAACCGUACAAUAUGCAAUCAUUGGAGGUGGGCAAUAGACAAAUAGUUUAAAUUUGCUUUGUCCUUGUCUUUUACCAAUAGCGAGGCAUAUCAGAAAUUACUAGGAAUUCCAAAUCAUGGGCUGGCAUGAAGCACUUUCCUCAAGCUACCUUAACUAUGAAAUCACUCACCUAAAAGAAACUGAAAGGUGGCUUGCGUUGGUUUCCUCAGUUUUAUACACCAAUUCUUGCAUUUGAAUUUUUUUCUUAGCAAGUUUUGUUCAUUUAUUUUCAGACAUGUGAGAAUACCUUAGCAACACUACAGCUCUGAAAACACCCCCGAUUUUCGCCUCAUAUGCCUGUUUGUAUUUGGAUAACGAGUUCAAUAACCUUCAUUUCUUAUCAUCGAAUUAUCAUCAACAUAGCAAGAUUCACCUUUCACUUUUGUUUUUUGUUUUUGUUUGUUUUUUUAACUGUACAUGUGGUUCAAAGCAAUAUUUAAUAUGAGGUGGCCUCCUUAUCGUAUUUAUAGAUUCUUUAAGACCUUGCAAAAAAGAAAUGAGUCUUUAACUGCUGAUUUCAAUUAAAACGGAAAGACGUCUUCGAAAUUGUCUCCUUGUUUAUUUGCUUGUUGCAAGUUUGAUUUUCCUUUCCAACUUCAAGAAAGAAUUACGUGUGUUUCUAUUAAAUUGAAGUACUGCGAUGGCUAAUUUUAGAAAAAAUGGCCGCCACUUUUCGAGAGGAAUUACGAUAAUCUUAGUGACUCGAUGUAAUAGAAGGCGAGAAAAUUAAGCCAGUCAGGAGUGUCGCUAUCUCAUGUAGACCCCACCUUAAUUUUGAAACACUAUAAGCACUGCUCACUUGCUGAUUAUAUUUGAUACUAUUCCAAAGACCUUGACCCGUGCAUCAACGUUACAUGCGAUUACUUUGCUGUCUGCAAGGCUUUCGACGCAUUUGACGCCCGUUGUGUGUGCGAAGAAAACUGCCCUUCUUAUGAAGAACAAGUGUGUUCAUCUAACUCGACUACGUUCAAAAACAAGUGCAUGUUUGAGCUGGAUAUAUGCAGACUGAAGAGCAACCACACUCUGUAUCAUCCUGGAAGUUGUAAUGGUAAGAAGAAGAGAUAUUUCUAUCUGCGAUCGUUCGCAUUUUUUGGAGUUGAUAGAAUCAAGAGCGUUUUAUUUUGUACCUAGGCACACAAAGAAGCCCACUAACGAAUCGUAAAAACUGCUGCCUAAUUCAUGAAAAGAUUGAAACAAGGAUACGCCGCCACUAUAAUGAUGUACAUUGACUGACACCUUAGAUAUCUAAGGAAAAAAAUUUGCCUAAGUUUGGUGCUUUAACUAAGGCUCAGGUGAUUGGGAUAGGUUACGCAUUUGUGCUACCAAUCAUGGCUUUAGGUCUUAGAGAAAAAUCUCAGAGUUAUAUCCUUAGCCAGUACUGACAGGAUGAAAGUGGAUGUAGUUUCUUGUUUUGGAAUGGUACCAUCAGAUACUAGCGUAAUAACUUAAACUUUUUAAAGAGAGAAUAAACACCAAUCUUCAGCACAUCGCUGAAUAUUAAUGCCAUUUCGAUGUUUCUUUAGGUUUUCCGGUUCAAAGAGGAAGAGUGGAAUUGAAGAGAGAUGUUUCCUGGGCGGAGACAGCUUGCGAGUUGGUGAACUUCCCGCCAUUUUCGUUCUAUCCUGACAAAGCAGUGCAUGUGCAGAUUACUACCAAUCAUUGGAACUCGACCAGGAUGAAUUUCGUACACGAAGCCACCGUCUCGUGGGUAGAAAAUGUCAAUUACCAAAAUUUCAGGGUUAGUUUCUCCUAUUACUUGGAAGAAAUAAUUUAAUGAACAUUAAAUGGAUUUGUUUCAGGCUCUACUUGUUAUACCGCGCUCGAAAAUUUUUGUUUGGUAGCUAGGAAAAAACAACUAUUUAAUGAAAACGGUUAUUUUAAUUCUACACUGCUGUACAUCGACAGGCAACACUCUUAAUCCAUCAAUGUUUCUUAAAUGCAUAAUAUGUUAUACAUUAAACCACCAUUUGAAAGCAUUCCUCCAUGCAUCUUUGUCAAUUCCUUGUGCGUUUAGGCAAAAAGUCGUGACUUCACUCUCACUUGAGUUGAAAUUAGAUCAUCUUCAGUUUGAAAGCAAAAUUAAUUUCAUCGAGACUAAGAACGCUUUUUUAGAGGAGUUCUUGUUCAUCGUAAUAUAUUUAUUUCUUGAAGGUUUGUACGACGGCUGCAGGGAGAAAUGACCGUGGCACAAAAGAAUUUGCGACAGUCGACUGGAUGGCUUACCAAGGAGCUCCAAAUGGAGGUGUAGCAGGAUAUACACGUAUUCCAGAAUGGUGGACUGGAACGAAGUGCGUAGAAAUUAGUCUGCCAAAGGUAAGUAUGGCUUUAUGUUCACUGAAAUUAUAGAUUGAUCAGGGUGCUGUCUUCCGUGUUCUCCUCUACCGCUUUUAGAUGGAAGGUUUUCAUACCGCUGUUUCUAUUUAAAAAGUCGAUUACAAAGCCAGUUGCACUCCCCAACCAAAUCUUUACUAUAGUGAUGCUGCGGUUUUGGAUGAUUUCUUUUUCUCUUACAUCGGCAACUAACAACUAUGAAUUCUUUACAAAGGAUAAAUUUUCUGCUACACCCAUUAUUCUGGUGACAGCAGAUCACGUAAGUUCAGCUUACAAACACGACGCUGCCAGUCUGUGGGUAGAAAAUCCUACCAAUGCUUCCUUUCACGUUUGCCUCAGAGAGUUACAAAAUUACGAUGGUCUUCAUGAGGAUAUACUCGUGGUAUGUACCAACCCAAUAUGUGUGACAGUUCGAGUAGAGUAUGUCUUCAGAAAUCCCAAGUUUCAUAAAGUCUUUAAGCUUAAUCAUAUAUGUGCCCUUUCUUUCCUGCUACUUUAUUCGCUUGUUUGCGUGUUUGUCUGGUUUGUUCUAUUUUGUUUUGUUUCAUUUCAUUUUUUGUUUGUUUGUUUGUUUGUUUGUUUUUGUUUCUUUUCCUUAUUUCGCAUAGUAAUUAAUUGAGUUUACAUAGCUGUUAGCCAUUCACGCAGGAAAAGUACUCGGUACACUAUUAGUACAACAGAAUAUCCUUAUCCAAAAUAAAGGUAGACAUACGCCAUUCGAAAAGAGAACAUCAAUUUUUAAACUUAAUUUCAACACGUGUUAAGAACGACUUCGGUCGGUUUAUUCAAACAAUUUUGGGAUGCCUUUUAUUGAUAGAGAGAAACGAAAUAAUUGUUAUCAUUUGCGUUGUAUCUUCCGACCGAAAUUGCCGAUUUUUCAUAGUUUAUGAUAAACAAACUUUAUUUCGACGCGUUGUUUGAAUUUGUCUUUUAAGAACUGGAUGGCUUUUGAAGAAAUUCAUCGCCCGCUUUUCGCUGAAAGUAGAAAAAUUCACUUUCCUAACAAUGGCUCUGUUUCUGCAAACUACAAUGGUGCGUUCUGCAAGGUAAGCUGAAUGUAUCGAUUUACGUUCAAGACGAAUAUAUCAAAACUUAUGAAUGUUUCGGCGAGAACUAAUUAAAGACUGCCGUGCAAAUUACAGCUUCUGCUUUGAUUAGUUCUCAGCUAGUCUGACUAUUCAAUCAAUUUUCUCUUAUUUUAUCACCAUAUCUAUUCCUCUCUUUCUAAUCAUUAUAAAUACAAGAACUAGUUUGCCACCUGCAUCAUUACUUCAUCGAAGUGGAGUAAAAGAUCUAAGUGCAACGUUUAUAGCUGAUCACAGUUUUUCUCUAAACAAUCGCCUUUGUGGUAUUUUUUUCCUGUCUAUUUUCUGGCUGCGACUCGAUACCUUUGUCUGCUUUUCUUUACAGGACUUGCAAUUGGCAAAGUCUUAUGACAAGGAACCCACGAUAAUGAUCACCGCGAAUCACGAUUCAAAAGGAAACAACCUUGAGCCAAAGUACAUAUCUGUUACUGCAUGGAUAGAGGUAUUCUUUCAAUUUUCUUUUAUUAUUUCCAGUUAAUUAUGUGCUGAUGUGUUUAAUGCAUUUUGAAGAUCCAUUUAGUCAGCUCAACCGUAACUGUGACUGGUGUAAAUUUAUACCUAGCCUUUUCUUUUUUGAAAAUGUUAAUACUCGCAACAGCCUGGGAAUUUCCUUCUAAUUGAAUAACUUCUCUGCAGCAUAUCAAGACAUCAGAAUUUCGUAUUUGUCUCAAAGAGUUGUUCGCUGAUCAGCAUGACCCAGUUACCGUGUCUUACAUUGUUCUAACAGGUAAGCGCAACUGCGAAUGAAAAUAGGUCAUUAUAUUUGAUUUCCUUUUCAAAUUUUUCCUUUUAAACUUGAUUAUUAGUAGACUGAUGAAACAAAUACACUAUAUUUUUUAUGUUUGUUUGGUAUAGACGUGUGUAAACCAGGCUGGUCUUACUUUUCCGGCUUUUGCUACUCCACAAGUCAGACAUGCAAAAACUGGACUGAAGCUCAGAAAACCUGCCAAAUAUACAACACCAGCCUCAUCACCGUAAAAAAUCAAGAAGAAAAUGUUUAUAUACAGCACCGUCUGAAUGGAGAUAAAGGGUGGAUUGGAUUUAAUGAUAGAGAUACCGAGGGUACAUUUGUCUGGGCUGGUAACCAGUCAAGCAACUUCACUUACUGGGCUCCACAUCAACCCAACGAUUUCAAAUUGAACGAGGACUGCGUUCACACCUUGGGAGUUGCACAUAAAUUUACUUGGAAUGACGUAAAUUGCAGGAGCUGUCAUAAUUACACAUGUUUUGAUGGUAAAUGCAAUUUUUUGUACAUUUGCAAACCAUAUCCUUUUAAUCAUAACAGGUUGCGACCGAAAGAGUACCUCGUGCUUAGAACAUCCGGAAUAACUGGAAUUUGGAUACAAAAAUCAUACUCCGUCCCUCUUUCCCUUCGUUCCUCCUACUCUCCCUACUUCCGACUAUGACUUGUCAGUUUCCGAUUGUUAGCUUGUUUGCUAAUUUAUUUCUUUUUUAACGUUGUCUCUGUCUUCCCUUUAGUAGUUUUCUCAGUCAAAUUUUUUUCACUUUUCACUGUAAGACCUUGAUGAAUGCAAAGGAAACAGUCAUGGAUGCAGCCAGAAUGGGAUUUGUACAAAUACUCAUGGAUCAUACAACUGCCACUGUGACAGUGGGUAUAGCGGUGAUGGUCGAAAUUGUGCAGGUAUUGACAACGAAAUUCACUUCGAUGAGUUUACAUUCAGAAACACGGCUUAGCAACGUCUAUGCUUGUAGCGUUGUGUUUUUAUUCUAUUGUUACUUCAUAAAUGUCAUAAUUUCACAUUUACCUAUCGAAAUAGAGAGGACAAAAUGUCAGAGCAUGGUAAUUAACAGUCUUAAUAAUCUGUAUUGUGACUGAUUGAACGAUACUAGUUAAUAAUUCUGAUCGUAAAAGUCUUGACCAUCAUGAUCAUUUGCAGUAUAAUCUUUACAACAGAACGCCCUGAUUUAAUAAACAAUGCGCAUGUUUUGACCAUUUUUGCAUUUUGUUUUCUUUCUCAUUGCAGACAUAGAUGAAUGCUCUUCAGGUCAUAAGUGUCAUAAUAACGCCACUUGUCAAAACACGGUUGGAUCGUAUACAUGUACUUGUGUUAAUGGUUACACUGGAGAUGGAAUAAACUGCACAGGUACACGGAAAGAUUUUGAAAAUCUCAUCUCGCAGUUUCUCCUAAUUUCAGUCUAUAAAAGAACUUUCCAUAUACCGGCUCUUUCAAGUCCAUAACAUUUCAUUCCGACCAUUUUUGCUGUCUAAACAAUUGACAUCUACACUUCCAAGUCAGAAGAAGAGACCCUGAGAAGAUGGUUUCGAAUUUUAUCCUUUUCCAUGUUUUUCAAUGACCCUCACUGGAAUUGCUGCCUCAACAUUUAUCUUUAUCCUUUAACUCGAAGAGUGACGAACACAAAAUUUCUCCCUAUAAUUACCCCCAACCCCCCUUUCAAGUAAUUUCUUAAUGAAUGAAAAUAAAGGAAAUGAUCACCAGCUACAGAAGGUUUUAAUUGUCAACAUCUUAUUCGUCUUUUUAACAUCUUAUUAAAUGUAUUGAGAGCAGUAUGUAGAAUAUGCAUACUGAUAUUAGGUUUGAAAUGGUUAUUUAAGAGCAGUUUAUAAGUUCCAUGAUCUUUUAGGUUGUUCACAGUCUCCUUUGUUGUGGUUUUCUUUAUGUUUUUGAGAUCGUGGUCAAAAUACUCCAACACACGCAUGUUGUAUGUUAUGAGAGGUUACGAGGGAAAUAUGUAGGGUUAGAACUUUUGGCUGGGCGAGCAAUAAGAACAUUAAAUAGCUAGUUUGAAAGACUUACAAUUUGUGAGGUCUCUCCAGCAGCUCUAUCUGGUGAGUGCCCAAAAGCGGCUAUAAAGACUACAUUAUGAUCCGUGCAAAUUUCUAGAUACAUUUUUUUUCUCCUGAUAUAGAUGCCGACGAAUGUACGCUCAACAGUCAUAACUGUGAUGCCAACGCACAAUGCACUAACACUCCAGGAUCAUUUACAUGCCAGUGUAGCCAUGUGGCUCAUUACUAUGGAAACGGGACAACAUGUCAUCCUUUCAGUAAGUCCUUGAACAUCAGAUAGUUUAAUGAUCACCUCUUUGUGGAAAAAAGGUGAUCACAACCCAAGCUGAGGACGAGCAAAAAUGUAGGUGAGCCAAAAUCGGCAAGGGUAACGCGAUGUUUUUUUGUUGUUUUUUUUAAUUUCAAUCUCUUCUUAAACCCGCGCGUUCCGCUUUUUCCCUUUUCCCCACAAACGUCGUGAGAUGAAACAUACAUAAAAAACAAGCCCCGAUUUCUCCUUUGGACGUGACGUCUACGGGAAAGGUUUUACACCACUUACGUUUAUUUGCCUUUUUAUUUGUUAGGAGGACUUGGUGACUCAAAAAUCAUAGGCAAAGACACCAGAAAAAUGUCCCAGUUACAUUCUUGGCUACAUUCCCGCUUGCAGAAUCAGGCUAACAGUUACUGGAGUCUAUGUUAUAGAGCCUCAAGCCAUGGGUGGAGUGGAUCGACAUUUCACCGCCACUGUGAUAACCGUGGACCCACAGUUACAAUCAUUCGCGCUCAUGGUUACAUAUUUGGCGGUUACACUGAUCAGUCGUGGAGACGUAAGUUCGUUAACUGCCACCGUUUUUGCAAAAAAAACAAACAAUAAAAACAAAAAACAAUCGACAAUCAAGUCUUCCUUUCAUAUUUGAAAAUUACAAAAAGUUGAAAAUACUUAGUUUGUGGAAUGAACUUUCAUUCAAAACCAUAUUUACGCUUGGUUCACGCUGUCAGUCAUUAAUUACACGAGGUAGCUUAAGUACAGGUUAUCCACAUCGAGUGCCGAUUGGUAGUUGAAACAGGUGAUGACGUUUGACAAAUUCAAACUUUUACAAGAAUAUGAUUCAAAAGUCAUUGAACUUGAAAAGAGUCCUUCUGUAGUUUGCUCUUGUGUUAAAAAUUUGCCAGAGUGUUAAAAGAUUUGCAUCCGUGUUACAUAAAAACUGCACUGUUUUCUAACCAAAAGAACUGAAUAAUUUUUUCAUGUAAACUACUCUCGUCCAGAGGCAAUUGUUCUGUCGAUCAGCUCAAUAGGGUAGGGGUCCAAGCCUUGUCAAAAGGUGGAUGCCACUGCCCUAAGUACAACAUAUUUGAUGUCAUUAAGUCCCCUUAGUCUCAUAUUUAGUCUCUGUCUCAUUGCAUGAUGUCUGCUUUUUAUUUAUUUUUUUUUGUGUUAAACCCAAAUUAUCAAGUUACAUAUUUUCAUUUGUAUUAGAGGAUAAUUCUUAUCUACCUUAUGUGCUUUUUUUCAGGGUACGGAGGCUACAUUUCUUCAUCAAAAGCCUUCAUAUUUUCUCUCAAAAACUAUCAAGGAUCUGGAUAUUUUAAAAGGGACAUUACCAGUAGUUAUUACGCUAUGUACAGCUAUUACUAUUAUGGUCCGAUCUUCGGUUCGGGACAUGAUAUUUAUGUUUCAAGCUAUGCAAAUAGAAACUACAAUUCUCGAUUUACUUGUAGCUCGUACUACGUUCCAAACUGCAACAAUUAUGUGUGGACAGGAAGCAACAAUUUCAGCCCCGACGAGAUAGAAGUUUACCGCGAAUUGACCAGUUAGUGGAGCAAUCAGCAACAAAUCAUGUGACAUUGUCAGCUUGGAGCGUUCGUAUUUGCCCCUAUGUGUAGUCUGCCGUGUCUUCCUCAGCUGUAUAGCGCUAUUCAAAUAGACGCAUGUUAAUUUUUUCUUAAAAGGAACUGAGUGAUGUAACUAGUUCAUUUAAGUUUGUGCAACAUGGUAAAGUAACAAGUCCUGAAUCAUUUUAUUUUUGUAUCUACUGCUUUACUGAAGAUUAUCAUUCAUUUCAUGCAGAAAAGUUUAUGUGAAAAAUUUACAAAAUUCAUACCAAACUAAAGAUUUUAUUGUAAUAAAGAUUAUUAUUAGCGUCUGGUUAUAAAGUAAAUGUGUUCAAUGAGUUGAUUAAAACAUUUUUUACUAGACAAAAGCUGUACAUCGUAUUGCUGAAAUUCAUCUGAAAGUUGGGGAAUUAUACCUUCGCUUCAUCUCCAGGAAUUAAAGCAAAGUCACAUAUGCAAAAUAAUGAAAUGAAACACACUUUUAAUUUGAAUUGAGUGCAAAUUUUAUGAAACUUAUCUCCCCAAAAUCAGAAAUUAUAGUGUCGUUAAUUCAUAGCAUAUUUACAGUCCUAUGGAUAAACUGUGAAGCUUUUCUCGUUAGCGAAGGCCUACGUAAAUUCCUAUUACAAGGUAACAGUUAAUUAAAUGUUUCCGUGGUUACAUGGACCGAACAAAUUAUUGUAGUGCUCGGUCAUGGUGUUGACGUAACAAAAGCGAAAUGGUCAUAUGUCGAUUGGAAAUAUGUAGUUGCAACCUAUCUUUUAGACUAUUGAAGACGCGAUUUGUAAUUUUUGGUUAAUGAGAAUUUUUUGCAGCUAAAUCAUAAUGUUUAACAGUUGAUGAAAUGAAAAUAUAAUCUUUCUAAUGAUAUAGGAGCUGCUUCUUGACCUCGGAUCGGGAUCACCAUAAUAAACCAUUUUUGGUAGGUCUGAUGGAGGCAUAAGUGACAGCCCGAACAAGGGGCACAUAAAUUAAGAGCACCUUUUUGGUAUUUUGUUGCAAGAAAGUUAAAAAAAAAAUUGAAUCAGAAGAGUUGUGUAGACCAUGUCCUGCUUUUAUCUUAUUCUGAAUAUUUGCACAAAUGACCUGGUCAUUAUCAGUCUCAUUCACUCUCAUUGCCCACUGAACUUAUGAAAAGAUCAUAACCUCCUUAUUUGUUAGAUGAAGGAAGGAAAGCCUGCCCUCUUACCAUAAAUAAACCCCAACUCCACGCCACCUCAAAAUAAUUCAAAUGACUAGUAAUGUUCCCUUGAAUAAACUUCUCAACUGCUAGUGAGGAGCUCUAACGACGUGAAGGUCUGGAAAAUAAAAUAGGAGCUUAUUACACGGCUGUUUCAAAACGCCCGCCAGUGGAAAUUUAGUUCGCGCGUGUCAGAUUGACAUUUUCAGUUUGAAACCUCUGAAAAUGUACGCUUAAUGACUCGACAAGAAAGAACCCACUGAUAACUAGGUCGCAAAAAGUAUAUGCGCAAAGUCCGAGGAAAUAGCUAACUUAUGCGCAGACAUUGUGUUUUGCUUAUAAUAAGAUCAUGAAAACAUAGGAAGUGAUAGGCAACUGAAGAAGCACUUGAUUGUCGAACAAAUUCUCCUUGCCAGCACUUAGGAAAUGUGUAAAGAAAAGUAAUGAGAAUAUGCAUAAUGAUUCUAGGGUGUAAAGGAUUAAGGAUUAAGGACCGAAAGACGAAAUUAUUGAUAAAACGUAGCCAGACAUCAUAUCAUCGACUAACAAUUCUUACGCUGAAAUGGACAGAGAUUCCUUUUAACCAGUUUAUCAAAAUCAAAAGUUUUAUAUUACAAGAAUGAUUAAUCUCUUUCAUUUUCCAGGCGCGUGAAACUUAUAAAGAAGUUGGAGUUUUUAGAAAAUCGCUCUUUAGUAUAGCUUUCACACUAAAAACGACCGAAUUUGAAGAAAGGAAGGUCUUCCUGCUCCUCAAAAUUCCCUUUAUUAUAUGCGCAAAUUGAAGAGACAUGUUCAACCCUUUAUAGCCGAACAUCAGUACGCAUAUUCUCCCUACUGUUCUCUAUACAUUUCCAAAAGUUCUGGCAAGGAGACUAUUGAUUGGGCGAGUUCCAGAAAACAACUUCAGCACAACACAGCGUGAACUUAACUCUCAGUACCUCCGCAGAAUUCCAGUAAAUUAAUGAACGCGAUUCCUUGCUAACCUCGUUUCACCAUUUGGCCUUUUAAGGAAUUAAAAUUCCUUAAAAAUUAACAUAUCCUUUCGUUGAAACGAAAGGAUAAUUCCUUUCUGUUUUUGGCCUCUUUUCAGCUUUUCGGGGCCAUUCCUUUGACCUGUUUGUUAUGUUUUUCUUGACAUUUGAAACCGAGAGUAGCCAAAGAGACCUUACGUAACCAAAUAACGGGAGGAAGGUGUGAAGUGGGGGAGGAGGGGGGAGGGGGAACUGUAGACCCCAUCCUAAUCACUUUUAGUAAUAAUACUGUAACAUCUUAACCACGAAUCCUUAAAUCCCUACUUACCAGAAUUUUCUUACCACAAAAAUCCCGAAAAAUGUUGAUUCAUGGUUCGUAAGAAUAGGUGCUUAGUUUUCAAAACAGCUUAGUGCCAGAAAAAAAAGUCUCAAUAUUAUCGGCUCAGGGUAUUUUUACAGCUGAUCACUCAUCAACUUUCGACUAUAUGUUCAACAACAAUUGAAUGCAACGACAAAGAACUAUCUGUGUCUCGUCCAAUAUCAAGGUAUUUCCCUUUAACGGGAAGCGGUCGGAAUUAUUCACUUAAAUACAGAUAACUUGAAUGGACGGACAAGCUUCAUUUAGUCCAAAACGCACACGGACGGUCAGUUCUUCCCCAGUGUACCCUAGUGGAUUUUGAUCUCACAAGCGCAAAUUUAUGCUGCCUCAUCUCCCACUGCAGCUAUAUAGCAAUGCCGAUAAUCCGAUAAGUCACGAAUUUUUUUUCGUUUAGCUUCGGAGAAAAGCUCCUCAGCGUUACUUAAUUAGAACUAUUUGAUGAUGCUUGAUGCGAAAAAACUUUUAUUACAACAAUGUUACAUUUUGGGUUAACCGUUAGCCGAAAAAUGGCUAAAAUUUCCGCCGUUAGCCGUAAAAGCCAUCACCCCAUUGAGACUCUCGUCUUGGGUCUUAAUAUUGCGUAACCGAAAUGAAAGCAUGACCUACCUCCAAAAUUAAAACAAAUAAAAGUAGAUCGAUACUACUUGUUUAACGUCACAACAUUAAUGCAAAUUUAAUCUUUUAGCCAAGGUGUGUAAAUGUGAUUCGACUGAAAAUAAAUAAUAAAUACAAAAAUUUAAGUAAAAAUGUAACAUAAACAAGAUCAACUACAGUGCUGCAUGAAAUAAAAAGGAACUUACAAUUUUUGGUGUAACCAGGUCCGGUAGGAAAACUCUUAAACAAAAGUAACACGGCGUUAGCAAAAACUAACGAAACGACUGACUUGGUUGACAACUAGCAAUGAAAUAUCUAACGAAAACAACACUUGCAUCGCUACCGGCGUUACGUAAUUCUUACACAACCUCACGUAAAGACGCGAACUUAAUUGAAUAGAAACAGAACAUCAAAAUAGGUGAUGAAUUGAUAGAAAAACAAUAUAAAAUCACUUCGCAGUUAUUUGACAAUAAAUUGAAAUGCAAACUCUCUUCGCUGCAAUAACAUUUUUGCACCGUGUGAAGGUCAUCACACAACUCAGAUUUUGCACCAAAGCGCCUUCGCUCUAUACAGUUAUCGCCUGCUCUGAUUAACUCUACUUUUGGGUGCCACCUCAGAACUUCAAACAUAGACCUUGAUCCCAAAUCACAUAUAAUUUUCGUGUUUAUUCUUAGAUCGAGGUAAACAGAUUUCCUUCACAGUACGAUUUACAUCAGCAUAAAGCUUACAUUUCCAUAGAACUUGCAUGAGACUAGUUAGCUACCCCAUCCUCCUCCUUACCAUGUAUGUUUCCAUUGAUGUUUUUUUUCUCAUUUUAUGCUCAUGAAAAAGUAGACAAUUAACGCCUUCUUUGAUCUCGUUUAAGUAGAACUCGAUAACACUAGUCCUAACACGUUCUGAUUUUUGCUUUCAUGUGGCAUGAUUUCAAGAACUUCGAGAUAGUAAUCACGCUCCUUAACCUCGUUUGAGAGAGAUAACCAAGCUGCAACUCUUGCUCUUUCCAAAACUUCAAUAUUAUUGUAAGAGCUUUUGUUGAAAGAUGAUCCGGUGUCAGCUCGAUGCUAUUGAUGUUAAACGCAGUUAAAGGACCAGCGAGAAUUCACUCCACCGACAAAGAGAAAGUGAUCAUAUCAGACAGAUAAAACGAUCCAAAACAAACACAUAGUCUACAGCAACUGUUAGAGGACCUCAAUAACAUUUUAUUUCAAUCCUCCAAAGAGAGCAAAUAUAAAGAAAAACCACCGAGUAAAGGAAUGCAAAAACGAGACAGUCAUGUUUAUCCUGCUUAUAAACUUUGAUGGAAUCAGUUAAAUGUCUUAAUGAUAUUCAAUUUGACUCAUUAGUCGAAAGUAUAUCUGAUCAAUUUAAUUUCUCCUUGCGUGUUACGUCUGACGUGAAGGCCCUCACAGUAUACCACUCGGAUUUUGCACCAUAGCGCCUUCGCUUUAUAAGUUUAUCGCCUGCUCUGAUUACUCUACUUUUGGGUGCCACCUCAGAACUUCAAACAUAGACCUUGAUCCCAAAUCACCUAUCACAAUUUUGGUUUUUUACUCUCACAUUGAAGUAAAUUGAUUUCCUUCACAGUAAGAUUUACAUCAGCAUAAAACUAACAUUUCCAUAGAACUUGCACGAGACUAGUUAGCCAUCCCCCACCCUCCUCCUUGCAUUGUAUGUUUUAAGUGAUAUUUUUCUCUCAUUUCAUAAAUAUCAUAGACGAGUUAAUACAGCCGUUUCGGAACCCUACCCUUCAACCCCGUUUAAGCAACAGUGUUUCAAUAGUCCUUAAAACGUCUAACAUAUUCCUCUUUCUCAUUGUGUAAUUUCAUGAAAUGGCAGACAAUAAACUUUGACCUCGUUUGAGCAAUACCCUUUAUCAGUCCUAACACGUCCUGAUAUUUUCCUAUUUCAUGUGGCAUGAUUUCAAAAACUUCGAGAUAAUAAUCGCACUCCUUAACCUCGUUUGAGAGAGAUAACCAAGCUGCAACUCUUGCUCUUUCCAAAACUUCAAGAUUAUUGUAAGAGCUUUUGUUGAAAGAUGAUCCGGUGUCAGCUCGAUGCUAUUGAUGUUAAACACGUUUAAGGGACCAGCGAGGAUUUACUCCACCGACAAAGAGAAAGUGACCAUAUCAGACAGAAAAAACGAGCCUUAAAGAAACGUAUUCUACAGCAACUGUAAUAUGACCUCGGUAACAUUUUAUUUCAAUCCUUCAAAGAGAGCGAAUAUACCAAAAAAACGACCGAAUAAACGAGACAAAGUAUGGCUGAUCAGUUUCAUUUCUCAUUCUACUUUUGUUUCGAAAGGUCAGGGUGAAUCCCUUUUACGUUGUUGCGGUUGUUUUUCAUUUCAAGAACUUGGUAACAUUUUUACUCCCACCGAAAAAGAAGCUGUCAUUAUUGUCUUGAAUGACAAAGAAAACAAGGUUGAAAUAGUAAAAGUGAGGUAUAUUUUCACCUUUUACCAAGCUCACAACCAGCUGUAUGUGUAAGGCAUCCAUGAAUACAAAUGUGACGUAACUCAGUCACCCUAUACUAGGAAAACAAGUGUAAUUCCAAUAAAUACCGCAGAAAGAAACAUCCAAAUGGGGGAAAAAAAAACCGAGAGCACUUGGCGCAGCUGACAAAAUCAGAGAUCCGUUACAGAAUCGGAAUUAACAACCCCGUAACUUCCUUUAAGGAAAUGGCUGUGACAAAUUUUCCUUUCUUCUUUUCAUGGAACUGACAACGAAACAAGCUGAGAUCUCUUCAUAUUUUUCCUGAUGGUAUUUGCCCGUUCACGUGCUCUGAUUGGCUAGCUCGGAAAGAUUAGAACGUAGUUUUCUUAUCCGAUCAGCCGUAAACACCAGGGAAUCGUACAUCGAGAGUUUGAUACUUUCGACUAUUUUUUCUUCUUUCUUCCACGACUCUGUGAAGCAAAAAGCUCUUCCCGGUAAUUUGUUGUAAAUCUGCUGAGCGUGUUAUGUCUGCGUUUCCUACUUGAGGGGAACAAAGAAAAAUUCGUGCCGCUGAAGAGAAUCGUGACCAUAAUCAAUCAGACGAAACUUAAGACAGGGUUGAGUGCCCUUUUACUAUGUUAGGCAUUUGAUCCUGGUAAAUUUACAUUUCAUCAUCGAUUGUUUUUUUUUCUUUUUUUAAUUGAUGUUUGUACAGGCCAGUGACUAGCUCCCAAAUGGAUAUCUACUUUCUGCUUUCAACUUAGUUUUACCGUGUGGGAUUCCUUCGGAGUACCGAUCAAAUUUCCUUUCAGGCAAAAGUUUUAAUUACGGUCCAUCUUGGCUCCCCUUAUACUCCCUUCAGCAAUGAUGCAUCACCAGACUUAACAAGCUGUCGUCCAAUACCAAGCGAUAUCCCUGUAACGGGAAAUGGCCGGAAGUAUUGACUUAAAUACAGAUAACUUGAAGAGACGGACAAGCUUCAACUAUUCCGCCGAGUCACGAAUUUUUUUCGCUUAGCUUCGGAGAAAAGCUCCUCAGCGUUACUUAAGUAGAAGUGUUUUGUGAUGCUUGAUGCGAAAAAAAUCUUUCCUUACCACAAUGUUUCAUUUUGGGUUAACCGUUAGAAGUAAAAUGGCCAAAUUUCUACCGUUAGCCGUAAAAGCCAUCACCCCAUUGAGGCCCUCAUCUCAGCUCUCAACAUUGCGUAACCGAAAUGAGAGCAUGACCAGGAGGCCAAGUGAUGGGCUACUGGCAUAACCUAACUAAAAAAAUUUAAAAAAAAUAAAUGUACAAAAAUACUACUUGUUUAACGUCGCAGCAUGAAUGCAAAUUUAAUCUAUUUUCCAGCUAGAUGAAUAUUUGGAUGUAAAGAUGUGCAAAUGUGAUUCGACAGAAAACAAAUAAUAAAUACAAAUAUUUAAGUACAAAUAUAACAACAACAACAAUAACGACAGAGCUACAUGAAAUAUAAACGAACUUAAAAUUUGUGGUGUAACCAGGUCCGGUAGGAAAAACUCUUACACAAAAGUAACACGGCGAUUAGCAAAAAGAACGAAACUAAGACGAAAACAACGCUUGCGUUGCUACCGGCGUUACGUAAUUCUUACACAACCUCAAACAAAGACGCGAACUUAAUCGAAUAGAAACAGAACAUCAAAAUAGAUGCUGAAUUGAGAGAAAAGCAAUAUAAAAUCAUUUCGCAGUUAUUUGACAAUAAAUAGAAAUGCAAAUUCUAACAUUUUUGCACCGGAAGAAGGCCAUCACACCACUUAGACUUUCCACCAUGGCGCCUUCGCUUUAUAUCAGUUAUCGCCUGCUCUGAUUAACUCUACUUUUGAGUGCCACCUAAGAACUUCAAACAUACACCUUGGUCCCAAACCACCUAUCAUAGUUUUGGUGUUUACAUUUUCAUAGAACUUGCAUGAGACUAGUUAGCCCUCCCCCACACUCCUCCGUAAAUUGUAUGUUUCCAUUAAUGUUUUUCUCUCAUUUCCUAAAUAUCAUAGACAAGUUGAUACAGCCGGAACCCUACCCUUCAACCCCGUUUAAGCAACAGUGUUCCAACAUUCCUUAAAACUUCUAACAUAUUCCUAUUUCUCAUUGAGUAAUUUCAUGAAAUAGCAAACAAUUAACGCCUUCUUUAACCUCGUUUAAGCAAAACUCGAUAGCACUAGUACUAUUCCUAAUACGUUCUGAUAUUUUCCUAUUUCAUGUGGCAUGAUUUCAAAAACUUCCAGAUUACGAUCACACUCCUUAAUCUCGGUUGAGAGAGAUAGCCAAGCUGUAAAUCUUGCUCUUUCCAAAAAUUCAAUAUUAUUGUAAGAGCUUUUGUUGAAAGAUGAUCAGGUGUCAGCUCAAUGCUAUUGAUGGCAAACACAUUUAAAGGAACAGCCAGGAUUUACUCCACCGACUAAGAGAAAGUGAUCAUAUCAGACAGAAAAAAGCGAGCCAGAGAAAACGCAUAUCCUACAACAAUUGUAAGAAGACCUCAGUAACUUUUUAUUUCAAUCCUCCAAAGAAAGCAAAUAUGAAAAAACGACCGAGUAAAGAAUGCAAAAGCGAGACAGUCAUGUUUAUCCCUCUCAUCAAAUUAGAUGGAUUUAGUUAAAUGUCUGAAUGAUAAUCAACUUUGACUCAUUAAUCCAAAGUUUCUCUGAUCAAUUUCAUUUAUCAUUCUAAUUUUGUUUCGAAAGGUCAGGGUUAAUUCCUUUUACGUUGUUGCGGUUCUUUUUCAUUUCAAGAACGUGGUAACAUUUUUACUCCCACCGAAAAAGAAGCUGUCAUUAUUGUCUUGAAUGACAAAGAAAACAAGGUUGGAAUAGUAAAAGUGAGGUAUAUUUUCACCUUUUACAGAGCUCACAACCAGCUGUAUGUGUAAGGCAUCCAUGAAUACAAAUGUGACGUAACUCAGUCACCCUAUACUGUGAAAACCUGUGUAAUUCCAAUGAAUACCGCCAAAGGGUUAUAGAAAAAUCCAGACGGAAAAAAAAAACAAAGAGCACUUGGCGUAGCUGACAAAAUAAGAGAUCUGUUGCAAGAUCGGAGUUAACAACCCCGUAACCUCUUUUAAGCAAAUGGCUACGUCAAUUUUUCCUUUCUUUUUUUUCACGGAAAUUGACAGCGAGACAAGCUCAGAUCUCUUCCUAUUUUUGCGGAUGGUAUUUGCCCCUGCACACGUGCUCUGAUUGGCUAGUUCAGCCGUAGAGACCGGGAAAUCGUACAUCGAGAGUUUGAUACUUUCGACUAUUUCUUCGGGAUGUUGACCAAAAUGAAUAAAUGUUUGGUUUCUCGUGUGGUGUAUACCAAUAGAAUUAUCCAAUACUGUUCACCUCCAUCAUGGUGAAUAGUUUUUUUUAUCAUCCCAUUAAAUAUUCAGAGGCAAAAAGCCAAAACAUUCUAAGAUUUUACAUCCUAUUUUGGUAAUCUACCAUUUAACCCCGUUUAAGCAACGGUGUCUCAGCAGUCCUUAAAACUUCUAACAUUUCUUUGUUUCUUAUUGCGUGAUUUCAAGAAAUUGUUGACAAUAAACGGUGCCUUCUUUGACCCCGUUUCAGCAAUACUCGAUAGAAGCUAAUAUGAGAUCAGGCAACGAGACGAUUCGCCCAAUUAAAUGGGAGAAAAAUACCUCUUACUGAAAAAUGAAACCGGACUCUUGCUCAACCAGCUCUAAAAGAAGAGACAAAUGCAGAGGAAGGGACUUAGGGAAGACAUGGGCGAGUUUCACUAUUUAAAUUAUACUCAGACUUGCAGUAGACUUCUCGGAAAUAAAAGUUAUUAAAAGCUAAUCACGUGAGCUAGUUUUCCCUGACCUCGUUCCAGCGAAGCUAUCAAAUAUCUUCUUCCUUAUUCAUGGUACCAUUUAAAAAGGCACCAGAGGCUUCUUCUAGCAUUCCCUGCUGAAAGUUUGGGAUCAGCGAAUCCUCCAGAAAGGUUUGAACUUGUAGUGCCACAGAAUGGACGCAAAGAAAACAUUUGGGCUCUUCGCUAUCCUUGUGUUUCUCCUCCAGCUGUGUCUUUCAAGUGGUGAGAGUCUAAAUUUUUUGUUCUGAGCUUAUUUGAUAUAUUCGAAGGAAUUUAAUUGUCUCUACUAUUGUUCCUCUUCGCAAAACUGUUGACUUUGAUUUACGAGCCGAAAAAUAUAACAUAAAAAAGCAUGUCCAAACUCGAUCCACACUUCAGGUGAUCACGUCAGAAAAGAAGAUGGUUUUUACUUUAUUCAUCCACGCAAUUAUUAAUUAUCGAGCUUUGAAUUGAUUUACGUCCUAAACAAAAGCAGUAAAAUGGCUAAGAAGUCUCUAAUCUGAGAUUAUACCCACUGAAAUAAACCAUAAACCUUUAUAGAAGAAUUUACCUAAAUUUUUAAAGCUAGAUAUGCAUGUAGUUUCUCGCCCUUAGAAAAUUAACACAUUCUAUGUGUCUCCAAAGUCGCCCUCUGGUCCUAAUCUUAAGGUGCGUUAAUGUUACUGGCUUUUUCAUUGUACAUGUCACAUGGGUUAGCGAUAGCCCAAGGCCAUAAAUGUGGAAUUUUGAGGGUAAACAUUGCAAUGAUUGCAGUUAAGAUCGAAAGUCACCUUCGAGAGCAAGCGAACUUUACUUUAGAAUUCCGGCAUUUUUCUGUUCAUGGCCCUGAUAUCGAUAGUACCAGCCUUUCUAUUUGAUAUGUUCCUUUCAAGCAUCUGUCUUUCAAGCUGGAAAGGUCAACAUAACUGACACCUCCCAAAACAAUCAUGGUUGCCAGUCCGUCUCUUUCAAGACGCAGUUCCAGGGCUCAGGUGACGUCAAAGUCUUCGUCACCCUUAGCCAUGGCAACAAACACAUCAAAAUCCACGAUCCAGCUGCGCUGUGGGUAAAAUCAAUCUCCACGUCAGGAUUUAAGGUUUGCGUUCGCGAGGCAGGAAGUGGCUCAGCAGGUACGUCUGUUAUCAACUGGUUUGCAUUUCAAGGUUCGCAUCAAGGAAUUAAAUCUGGCACCGUGGACUUCGAUGAAUGGGCCACAAGAACACAGUGCAAACGAGUAUCGAUUACUGGUAACCGCAGUAAUGUAAGUCGUGUUUCAAUUUAGGUCGUGUUCUACGUGUAGCUAGAUUAGUACUUCAAGAUGUCUAAUUUAAUUAUCAGUUGAAACUAGGAGUUAAAAAUAGAUAGUUUCAACCAAAAUUAAGCGAUUGCGACGAAUGGGAAUACCUUUAAAAGCAAUGCGCAUGUCAAAAUAGAAUCGAUGUUGUAAUUGUUUUAACGAAAGGUUAGCCUAGCUAAGAGGAGCUUUAUCUUAAAUCCUCGUCACCAAUAUAUACUGAUAUUCUCACAUUGCUUUAAUAACCACUGUAAAGAAGAAGGUUAAAGUGUGAUCCUGGUCUGAUUUAUUUCCCUCUAAUUUAUUCACAGGGUUUUAAGAGCAAGCCUCAAAUUUUUAUUACAGUUCAGCAUAAGCAUACGGACAGACCAUAUGAUUCCAUGAAUCUUUGGCUGGAAGAUGUCAAGAAAAACGAGUUUCAUAUCUGUAUGAGAGAGUUAAUGGCGUUUGAUGGCAUCCAUUCAGACCUAAAAGUGGUGAGUUGACAGCAAAAUUUUUUUACAACCGAGAAGCAUUUAUUGCACGUACACUUUGGGCCAAUAACCGGCUCUAAAUUCACUGCCAUCGUGCAAAUUGCAUCUGUUGAUUAGCCUAUUACUGUUUGUUUAUUUUUUUGGUUUCUUUCGUUGCUGAUUCAUAGCCAGAAAUUCCAUACAGCAUGGCUGCCAAGCAUGCGCAGGGUGCACACAUAUGGAUUUAAAUAUGGCGGUCAAACAUAGAGAGAGUGUGGAGAGAAAUGCAAACGUUUCGAGUUUUUGUUAACGUUAUCCAGAACACAGCUUUCCCCAGCUUAAAAAUGCAAAAAGCAAUGUAUAAACAACAGUUUAUUCGAACAAAAUGCGAAGAUGAAACUGUUCUAGCCGGUGCCUUUUACUGUUUUUUUGGAUCGACUCAUAAGCGUACCAUUCUCUCAUAAGCCUAUAUAAAGGGUGCUUACCUUCAUACUUUCCUAAACUCUCGCAGCGAAGAUCGUGGUACUGACACAUUUUCCCAUCACUGCAUUCGAAAGACAAGAUGAAAAGGUCGCAAAUAAAGUGAUUUCCUUCCACACAAACAACCGUUAAGGCAGUGCCAUUUCAAGAAAAAAAGUACCAUUUUCUGAAAAUGUCAUCAGCGAAGUGAGAGGCAUUACACUGAGGCAAGAAUGCUCCUUGUUCUAGUUUGUUUUCGUUCUAUUUGACAGCCAUUUUGCUUUUCUUAGUUUCCAUGGUCAGUGGUGUUUCCUCUUACAAUAGGAAAGCCGCUGAACAUAAGAAUCGGCAGAAAUUCGAAAAAAUGCGGGAAGAUUACGGGAAAAUCGAGGGAAAAUCAAAUAUUUAUAAGUGCCAUGUCUGAAAUACCUCCAAAUAAAUUGUUUCAACCUUGGAACAUCGAUAUUGUGGAUACAUCUUUGCAAUAUGCAAGGAACAUAGCAACAAGAAAGGUAGCCUUAACAAUUUCUUUAGCAUAUUCAACCAUUAAAGAGUGGUAUUAUCUUGUGAGAGAGCAAGAAAAGUUUCAAGCAGCAGGUCAGAAUGCUAAUUCCUCUGUUCAAGAAGGUGAGUUAUUUAAUCCUCAUAUUUACAACCUAGGAAUAUCAUAAGAUGAAAGAUACAAAAUGAAAGAUAGAUUUUUUCCCGAUUUUUUAUUUUUGCACUAUUUCAAGAGGUUACAGCAGAGUAAUUAUAUAGAUUACAAAAGUAAGAAGAAGAAGAAACAUGGAAACAAAAAAUUACAUAAAUAAUCGAUGGUAAAAUGUGCACAGUGACCAAAGGAGCUUAUGCUUUUGAGUUGGUCACUGCCACGUGUAACUAAGGCGUUCAAAGACAGUUGCAUGAAGUAACAAGCAAUGCAUAAUGGAGAAAGAAAAAUUUAAAAUACAUAUCUUGUUACAUACAAUUUCAUAUAGCAUUAAAAAGAAAAAAAUUAGAAACUAUUAUUGACAGUGACUGCAGACAUCAUCAUCUGAGCAGCUACAGUGUUAUGUGCAUAAACAGAGAAGUUUUCAAAGACAAACAUAAAUGGCAAGGCUUUAAUAUAACUUUCUAACUUAAUUAAUAUAACAACAUAAUUUCUUAGGAGCAGGGUUGGUGCAAUGGUAAUAGCUUGUACCUACAUUUAGACCCAUAUAAAAUCAGACAUUCACAUUUUCAGUUUCAAUCACAAUACUACAAUUGAAUGCUUGUUAAAACUUAAACUUACUUUCUCGAGAUGGUAUCUGGGCUUAGGUACAAGCUUCCCCUCCACAAGUUUAUGUGUCUGUGGUGCUAAGCUCACUAAAGCUUUAACUCUGAUAGGAAACACAACUUGUGUGCCAUCGCCAAGGUUAUCUAUGUAAGUGUCCCAGUCAUUAAAUUCUUUGAAAAAAGAACAGCGGUUAAAGUCAUUCUUCUCCAACAAGAUGCAACCAGAUUUUGUGCUGGGUCUUCCUUGUCCUCUAAAAAUAUAAUUAAAAACAUCAUGUCUAAUUUCCAUCACAGUUGUGGCCGAGGCUGUCUGAUGUUUGCUCUUGAGAUGUUGGAGAAUAGCAACUGCCAGUAAAUCAGACCCCUCUUUAAUUCUUUCCUCUGAGGGUUUGGAUGUUCUAAAUGCCCUAAACAAAAUAGUUCGAAUUAAUUAUUAUCUAACAUACUUGGAAAGUGGCCAAUUACUUAUGCAAAAAGUUACACAAUAAUCAAUUAAAAACACAAAUAAGAUUGCUUCUUGUCUCUCGAACUUUUUCGUGUUAGACCAGACUCUGGUGUUAGCUUGAGCAGUAGUAUAAUAAAACAAUUAAGUUUUAUGUUAAUUAAUUGUGACUGGUCAAAUGCUACCUUAUCGUUUCGUUAAGGUUUUCCUCCACUUCUCAAGUGUCCUCCAGGGAAGUGUACCCUUUCCGACGAAUUAAGUACUCAUUCUUAAAAAAAAGAAAAAAAAAUACAUAGAACACUUGUUUGUGCGUGCGGUUAAAAAUUAUGCACAAGGUUUUGUGAAUAUCAAUUUUUGAGUGACGUUAUUCGCUUCAAGCAGACGUCCUAUUUACUUUUCCUUUCUUUCGCCCGCAGCUUAAAACUCUUUCCACUUGAUAGUAAGGGCCAGGUCCUUUUUGUCUCUUCCGUCGACUUUCCAUGAAAUCUGCCGAACUGAGAGCAUUUCGGCUCCGAUAGAAGCCUUCAGAUUGCUUUCGUCUGUCCGCCAUCUUGAAUACCGAAAUUUACGCGCCCGCCGUUCAAGCCGCUGACUGUAUGAAAUUUCUGGCUAUGUUACACCAGCUUAGUUUAUUUUUCUUUGCACGAAAUAGAUUGCUUUCGCUACUUGAGAUCAUUGUUUUUGAUUUGAUCAUUUGUUUUUUUGUCUUUUGUUCUCGCCAGCACUGGUUUGCAUACGACACCCUUCCCUCCUACUGGAACUUCACUGAGCGAGGGAAAAUUAAUUUUGCUGGCUUAGGGGCUCCAUUAAAGGAAAAUAACUACGCUUUUUGCCAGGUAAAAAUCAUUGUUUAAUAACCCAUUAUUUUACUAAAGUUUUUCAUUGUUUUCUAGUGAGAAUUUUGGCGUUAUUGAGUAGAUUCAGCAUGCUUGAAUUCUUGUUUAUCAGAAAAUUCCGUAGGUUCGGGUUGAAAAUUCUGCAUUUGUAAGAUUUUUAAAAUUAAAAUCCCCUAUUCUACAAUACUUUUAGGAAAUAUAAACACUUAAAAAUAAUAUCAGCCGUUCUAAAAAUUGAAGCGAAAAACUUACAAAUUUUUUGCUUAAUUGUCGUUUACUAGAAUUCACGACCACAAAAUUGCGUAGCUUUGUGUUGAAUAGUGUACGAUUUUAAAAGAAAAUCUUAUGACAACACUUUUGGGACAUAUCAACACUUGAAAAUAUAAUUUGCCGUUGUAACGAAGAAUUCCCAACACCGCAAAGCCCCAGCUGAAGUAAAAAGACUCAGUUAUGCACGGCCGUGGGUCCCUAAAGAUUUUUACCAUGGUAGCUCCUUAGGAAUUAGGAAGAACUUGCGGUGCGCUAUGUUACAACCAGUAUCUAGCUGUCAACAUGUAUUAAUCAGUCACCCCGUCAUUCCCCUUAAGUGACCGCUUCAUAACGGUUUGACAGUAAUCUUAUUUAAUUAGAUAAAAUGAAUCAGUUCUAUUAAAAAGAAGAAAGCCCUUGUAAAUAGCACUGACACCGUUAUGAUCAGUGUUUAUGCCUAUCGCCUAGUGAGUUUUCUAGCCCAUCAAAAAGAGCUGUAAACUAUAACUGUUUUUUUUUUUAAUUAAAAAAAAUAGGAUUUGAAAUUUGAAAAUCCAUUCUACAAGCCGCCUGUUGUCCUGAUAUCCGGAGGUCACGAAAACUCCACCAGUGCGUCGUCGAGUGAUUCAGAUGGUUGUCACAACGCUAUGAACGUAUGGAUGGAGGUACAUGUAAUAUAUGAAGAUUGCCUUGUCCUAUUUUGUCCGGCGUUCAGCUUAGCAUUCAAUUUUUUUUCUUGUUGUUUUGCUUUCCUUUUUUUUCCAUUUUAUUACUUGGUCUCAAAAGAUUAGAGCACAUCGCAUCAAUCAGGCGGUGAAGAGCUAUAAAUAGGCAAUGAAGCUGAAAGAAGUGAAAAAAGUUCCGUAGCACGUUGUCUUUAAAACUUUAAAAUUAGGCUCUUAGUCAGAGGUCAGUCGGGAUAACACCUUUUUAAAGUGAUGAUAUAGAGUGAAAUUAAUUUUUUUGCCACUCUCUGAUCUUUUGUUUUUAUCAUUAUCCGCAGGAGGUUAGUAAAUCGGCGUUUAAGGUUUGUGUCAAGGACAGCCAGGGAAUAAGUAGGAAUCACGAUCCAAUAGCUGUCGACUACACUGUCAUUGGAGGUAAGCAUUAAAGAGAAAUUUCGAAAGCGCUUUACUCAUUGAUUGUUACAAAUAGCAAGGUAUGUUUAAGAAUUCAUGAUUGAUCAGGGUUUUAAAGGGUUCACACAAGUAAAAAACGUAUCAAAAAACCCAAUCUUUUCCUGUCUUGAAAAUUCUUCUUUUGACGGAAGUUUUGAAAAUGGAGAAAAGCUCACUAUAUUACUAUAUUUAAUGUUAUCCAAAGACCUUGACCCGUGCAUCAACGUUACAUGCGAAUACUUUGCUGUCUGCAAGGCAUUCGACGCAUUUGACGCCCGCUGUGUGUGCGAAGAAAACUGUCCUUCAUACGAGGAGCCAGUGUGUUCAUCCAACUCUACCACAUUUAAAAACAAGUGUAUCUUUGAACUGGAAAUGUGCAGGCUGAAGAGUAACCAUACUCUGUAUCAUCCUGGAAGCUGCACUGGUGAGACUUAAACUUUACUUAUAUGUUAAUUUUUUUAAUUAGGUAUAAAUCAUUACGAUGUUUUCAUCAGGAUACUAUAGGGAGCUGCAGUGUAAAUAACAGCAAAAUGAUAUUUCAAGUGAUUGUGAAAGCUGGUUAUAACCUCCCUUGACAUAUAUUGUGUUCCAGCUCGGCAGUUUUAGUGGUGUUUCAAUAUGGUGCAAUUAAAAAUGUUAUCACGAAAUUUUAAAACUGGUGUAGAGAGGAAAAAUGCCAAACACUGCUUGCUGACACCGCAUAACAUGGUCUUCUUUAUCGUUGCUGAUUUAGGUUUUCCUGUCCAGCGUGGGCGAGUUGAACUGAAACGAGAUGUUUCCUGGGCUGACACAGCUUGCGAGCUGGUGACCUUCCCACCAUUUUCGUUCUAUCCGGACAAGCAGGUGCACGUUCAGAUCACAACAAAUCACUGGAACUCCACCAGGAAGAAUUUCGUGCACGAAGCCACCGUCUCUUGGGUGGAAAAUGUCAAUUACCAAAAUUUUAAGGCGAGUAAUAAUAAAAUGACUAGAAAAAUAUCGAUAACGUUAAUGUUAUUUCAGGUUUGCUAUCAAAUUCUAAAAGCAAACUAUAACUUUCGUAACAAGCAAACAAUUAAAAACACAUUGCUUUUAUUCCUUUGGAGCGUUUCUAGGUAACUAUUCAGCGGAAUCGAAACUAUCAACCUAAAUAAUGCAAAAUCUUUGCUGACUGCACUAAUGUACUCUUCUGUAUAUCCAUCACUGAAAACCCUUUUUUAUUUCAUUGUUUGUAAAAUCUCUGUCCCAUUGAGUUAGUAAGUAUAUAAGUAAGUAAGAGAAUUUAUGUUAUGAAAGUAACGCUUAACAGUAAUUAAAAUACCUAACUGACAAACUAGACGCCCUCAAAGUUCAAGUUAGCUUGCAUUCGACGGUGUCGCGCAGAUAUCAUUUACCAAUGGCGAAGAAGGCGCAAACACGAUUUAUCUGUUUCUUAUUUAUCCUUCCUUCAUUUAUUUGUUCAUUCAUUCAUUUUUUUAGGUUUGUGUGACGGCUGCAGGCAGAAAUGACCGUGGUGCUAAAGAAUUUGCAUUCGUUGACUGGAUGGCUUACCAAGGUGCUCCAGACGGAGGUGUGGCGGGAAAAACACGGAUACCAGAAUGGUGGACCGGAACGAAAUGCCAAAAGAUUCCAUUACCCAAUGUGAGGUUCCUUUUUGUCUAUAAUGAUUAUAUUUGACAAUUUGCAUCAUCUAGGAUAAUGAAAUAAAAAUUAUUUUAGCUAAUGAUUUCUCGUGCACCGUUUCCAGUGAAAAUGACCGACUCCUGUGAAUAGAAAAUUUCAUUUUCCCCCAUAAACAGCUUACAAAUGUCAAUUCGUUUAAAUAAAACCAGGGCAAAUUUGCUGCAAAACCUAUCGUUCUGGCUACAGCAGAUCACGUAAGUUCCGCCUACAAGCACGACGCCGCAAGUCUUUGGAUAGAAAAUGCCACCAGUUCCUCAUUCUAUAUCUGUCUCCGUGAACUGCAAAAUUAUGAUGGUCUCCAUGAAGACAUUUUUGUGGUAUGUGGACUUUCAACAUCUUGAACCACUCAACGAUUAACAACAGUCAAAGUUCAUAGUGAACAAGUUUCGUUAUAACAGUAUUUUAUAUUUUCACAUCUGAGUUUUUUUCUUCUUUAGAACGAGCUUAUUGACACUCACAUGGCUAUUUCAUUUGGUUUUAAAAUUCGUAGUUUGGUGAUCUCUUUUUUCUUGUGUUUGUUUUUUUAUGCUAUUUUCUUUAGAAUUUGUUUCGAUGUGAUUACGUUUGAACUUUUUUGGAAAUAAUUAAUUUAUUCAUAACAAAUACUUCAAGAGUUACCCGCACUUUGGAGGGAAAAUCGUCUUGUUAGCGAGUACCUUUUCGCAGUUCCGAAAUUCUCAGAGGUCUCCCGGUCCAACAAACGAAAUGAGCCCUUCCAUGGACUAUUUUUCCGAAAUUUCUGAUGCUUCUGGGUUAAUGGUACAUAAGCAUCAUUUUAACAAUUCAUUUCAACAUCUUUUUUUUUAAGAGCUGGAUGGCUUUCCAAGCAAUUCAUCGCCCGCUAUUUACCGAAAGCCAAAAAAUUGAGUUCCCCAACAACAACUCGGUUUCUAAAAACUACAAUGGCGCAUUCUGCGAGGUAGGUAGCAAAUAUGCAACUCAAUCGUAAAUGCCCAGAGUACACGGUGGCUUGUCGGAAACUUUUUCGGAAGACACGGCUCGUCGCAACUCAUUGUUACCCUUACUAGUAAUUUAUGUGUUGUUUUGUUUGCUGGCUUACCUGUCAGUUUUGACUUCAACUUUUAAACCUCAUUUUUUGCAGGACGUGCAGUUUUCAAAGUCGCAUGACAAAGAACCUACUAUAAUACUUACACCGAAUCACGAGUCAGAGGGAAACAACUUAAAGCCAACUUAUAUGUCUGUUGCUGCAUGGAUAGAGGUGUCUUUAUGCUUAUAUUCUUUACUUUUUGUUGUUCAAAGGAAUAUUUUUUUAUGUGCAUGAUGCAGAUAAAAGAUCACAAAAAAACUAGCGUUCACCGUACGGAAAACGAAGAUUGAAUUCACGGUAAACGCGACAUUUUACAAACGUUUACCCAUGUUUUGCGUUCGGAAAAUCUGACAUUUUCUGUGCGUUUUCGCAUCGGAGAAUCCCAGUAUUCGUACCAUUUUACGGUAGUUCUCCCUCACGGUAAAUGCAGGUAAACAAAUCAUUUUCCGGCAUUAACCGCUCGGUUAACGCACUGCAAACAGCUUGUUUUCCUUUUGUUCAUUGGCAUUUUCCCAGUGUACAACAAAGUAUUCACCGGAGUUAGCGGCUGAAAACGCAUUUUCCUGGAAGAUUAAUGUAUGCAAAUGCAGGAAAACGUAAUAAUUUCUUGUGUUUGCCGUUCGCACAACGCAUAGGAAAUGUUAUGUUUUCUUCUUCAACACCUUAGUCUAAAUGUUUACGUCGAUAUUUCUUAAUGUCAACUUACACUCACGAGAGCCUUUCUUGACUCAAUUUUCAGCAUAUAAAGAAGUCAGAAUUUCGUAUUUGUCUCAAAGAGCUGUUUGCAGAUCAGCAUGAUCCUGUUACCGUAUCUUACGUCAUUCUAGCUGGUGAGCACUUUUACAUGAUAAAAAAACAAAGUGACUGUCUAAUGCUCUGACAAAGUUUUGGUUUACCUAUGGUUAGCGAACAGGAAUACUAAGAGCUUGUUUCUUCUUCUUCAUUUUUUAAAUUUUUAAAUUUUUUUUUUAUGGUGCGUCAUUCGGUGAAGACGUUUGUAAGCCUGGCUGGUCAUACUUCUCUGGUGUUUGCUACACCACAAGUCAAUCAUGCAAGACCUGGACUGAAGCUCAAAAGACCUGCCAAAGAGACAAUGCCAACCUGGUCGCUAUUAAAACUCAAGAAGCAAAUGUUUACGUUCAGCACCGUCUUAAUGGAGAGAAGGGUUGGAUCGGACUGAAUGACAGAGACACCGAGGGCACAUUUGUUUGGGCUGGUAAUCAGUCGAGCAACUUCACAUAUUGGGCUCCAAAUCAACCUAACGAUUUCAGACUAGACGAGGACUGCGUCCAUACCCUAGGAGUUGGACAUAGUUUUGAGUGGAAUGACGUAAGCUGCGGAAGCUGCCAUAACUUCACGUGUUCAGAGGGUAAGGGAAUGGUAAUUUUUGCAGGUCGAUAUCAAUCAAACACUGUAUCUGCUUAGGAUAUUUUCUUGCUCGAGAUAACAAUUUCGGAAUGCUUGUUUGUUUCAAAAAAAGUACGUGGAAUACUGAAAAAAGGGUUUGGAAAACUAACAAAGCGGUAAUCGAAAACCUCGCUCAUCCCUUUUCACUUUUCUUUACUCCUUCCUUUCUCCUUUCGUCCCUUCCUCCCGCCUCCCGCCCCCGCCCAAUCCCAGCCUCUCAUCGCCGCCCCCGAUACAGUUUUAAGUUCUUGUUCUAUUUUUUAAUUUGUUCGCUAGUACUGUUGCUUUUUCUUUUUGCCUUAUCGUUAUCAAACUUUUUUUUUUCUCAAGAUCUUGAUGAAUGCGUAGGAAAUAAUCAUGACUGCAGCAAGAAUGGUAUCUGCACGAACACACACGGGUCGUACAAAUGCCAUUGUACCAGUGGGUAUAGCGGUGAUGGUCGGAGUUGUGCAGGUAUUGCUUUAAGGGAUUUACCCUCAUUAAAGUUGUCACUCUGAGAAAUUUAGCCAAGUGUGAAUACUACAAUAAUGUGUUCCGAGUUUAUGCGCAAGUCAGUACGUGGCAAAAUUCAGAACCCUCAAUAUCAUGCUAAAAUUAAGAAGUUUUGCUGUCUAGUGUAUUGAUAAGGGAUGGAUUGAUGCUUGAUUUAUUGACUGACUGACUGAUUAGUUGACUGACUGAUUAGCUCUUAUCGGACACCUGUAAUCGGACCGUUGAAGCAGCCAAUCAUACUAAGUCAACCCAGUUAAAUCCACCAAUCACAGAACUGACCACAAUAACCAUGGCAACAACCACUCACCCUAAAAAAAAAAAAAACUGGGAAAUUUCCAAAUUUUUUAUUAGACAUUUUCACUACUGGAGAUGUUUUUCUUAAAUGUAUUUGUUGUUGUUUUUUUUUUCGGAAAUUGGAAUGGUUGUGAUUAAUAAUGGUAAUUGGACCGAGUGGAGUCCAAUUCGGUCUGUAAUCAUACGAGUGAUUAAUAAAAUCGGACGACCGCGAAGCAAUCAUACUAAGUCCACCCAGUUAAAUCCACUCAAUGCAUAAAUGCAAUCACGAAUUACAAUUUCCUCUUAUGUGAUUGGUGCAGUAGUUGUAGAGUUCUAAUCGGACAGUUGGCUGUAAUCGGACACCUGUAAUCGGACAGUGGAAGCAGCCAGUCAUACUUAGUCCUUUCAGUCAAAUCCACCAAUCACAGAAUUGAUCACAAUAACCAUAGCAACAACCACUUAUCCUAAAAGAGUUGUGGAAUUUCCAAAGUUGAGGAAUUUUAUUGCUAUAGGACCAUUUAAAAUACGACAAAAUCCUUAUCAAUCCCAUAAUUGUACCUUAUUGUCUUGAAAGACGAAAGGGAUUAGCCGCCGGGCUGUAGCUUUUCGCUUACAAGGAACACUUUGGGCAUUUUGGAGUACCUCACGUUCUGUCUUACCGUUCCUGUUGCAGAUAUAGAUGAAUGUUCUUUAAGCAAUGAGUGUGAUAGCAGUGCAACGUGUCAAAACACUGAUGGAUCGUACACUUGUAGUUGCAUGAACGGUUACACUGGUGAUGGAAAGACUUGUAGAGGUACAUUUACUAGGCAUCGGCGUUAAACUUUCUUUCUACUUUUGAAAUUAAUACGACAUUCGCACUCUUCAAAAGUAGGAGGAUUCCAUUCUUCUCCGCGGCCGUUUUUGAACAAGAUGGUUUCGUAUCUAACAAUUAAUAUUUCAAAUAAAGUUAAUUGUUUUCAGUAUUUCUUUUUCAAUGUACUCUAAAAAAUCUUAAGCCAUCAUUCGGGUGUGCAAGACUCUCUAGCUAAUGCAGUGAUCAAAGCGGAGGAAAGCUGAAGAGGCAAAAACAGUCCGCCGGGGUAAAGUGCCAAGUUCUUAGCAGAAAAUAAUUUAUUUGCCACUCAUAUUUCACUUGAAUUAAUACCUUUUUUGAAAUGUAAUGCAAGUUGUAAGAAGGGUCAAAUGCUUCUUUGGGGGAAUUAUUAUUUCUUCUUGGGAGAAUUAUUGCCGGCUAAAAAACGUGUCUACAUCGCUCACUUUCACUUUCCUAAUAAAAGAUAUAUUUUAUUUGACUCGGGCAAACCUUAAGAUGUGUUCUUUCUCCCAUCGUUAGAUGUCGAUGAAUGUACACUCAACAGUCAUGACUGUGAUGCCAACGCAAAGUGUUCAAACACACCAGGAUCAUUUACUUGCCAGUGUGACCGUAACUCUGGCUACUAUGGCGAUGGGAAAACGUGCUCUGUUCACCGUAAGUUUCGACUUGAAUAGUCUUUCCGUCAUUGGUUUAAGGAAUGAACGUUAGCCUCUGCGUCUAGGUUUUGAGCCCUGGAGCCUGUUUCUCGAAAGUCCUGGUAACUAAGCCUUACUUCAAAAUCAAAAUUUUAAGAAUAGAGAAGCAAAUUGUGGAACCUAACGAGUCCACCUUGUUUUUUUUUUUUUUUUUUUUUCGUGAUGACAUUUUUCGGUCAAAGCAAUGAAAACAUAAGCUGAGGAGGCGUAACCUCUGAGCUCUACUCCAGAAGCCUGAGUUUAUACAUAAACGUCUCCUAUACUCCAUUCUUGGUAGAUAAUGACUUAAUAGCUAGCCUCUAUUUUGUUUGAAAAUAUUCUCGUAAAUUUGAUGCCAAAGAUUAUGAGUUCCUGCUUCGCUUUCGGAGAACUGUUUGCAUUUCGGAACCGAUCAUAUCCGCCGAAAAAUAUCCGAGCACCGAAUGGAGGUUUUUGUUAAUUCGUACCGUGGAAAAGACAGAUUUCUUAAAAUAUGAUGAGCUAAGAUUUUAGUAAUUGUUCUGUCAUUAGCGCUUUAUUUAGGUUAACACAGCAUACACAUUAUUGACAUUUCCGUCAAAUUUUCUUCACCCAGGUGGCCUCGAUAACUCAAGUAUCAUAGGUGGAGACACAAGUAAAAUGUCCCAGCUGAAUUCCUGGCUUAAUUCCCGUUUGCAGAGUGCGUCGAAAAGUUACUGGAAACGGUGCUACAGAGCUUCGUAUAAUGGAUGGAAUUCAGAAACAUUUCACCGUCAUUGUGACGACCUUGGACCCACUGUGACUAUAAUUCGUGCUCAUGGCUACAUAUUUGGUGGUUACACCGAUAAGUCGUGGAAAUGUAUGUUCGUGACCUACUACUGUAAUUUAUUGACCACGAACUCCUAACUUUCAAAUUCUAGUGUUGUUAGAGUUAGCGCCUGGUAAACAAAGAUUAUAUGUCGACACAUUUGAUCAAAAAAAAAACAAUCUAAAUUGAUUCAGUACACACGAUAUGAAACUUUACUUUUUGCCUAGAUUUACACUUGUGCAAAUUUUAUGAGCCGUUCUAGUAAGUUUCCUCAACUGAACCACUUCUCUUUGACACAUAUCAGGAGAUUUUGAAUCCGGAAUCUAAUAUAAAGUAGAAACUUUGUAUUCAAAUCUGGAAAGAUUUGAAGUCUAAACAAAUUCUUAUCAUGACUCCUGUUUAAUUCAGAGUUCUUUUCUGUGCCUUCUCUCCAAGAAUUCGAGCCAUAUCUGGUUUUAGAUCUGACGGGCCUACUGACACUUUAAUGGCAUUUCGAUGGUGGCAUUUCGAUCGAUUCAAAAUCAUCUUGGAAAGCCAGUUGAAAUAUAUAGUUGUUUCUCACAUUUUCUCCCGAAAAUGAAAAUGAAAAUCCUGUUAAUUUGCCGCUACAAUUUUCUUGAAGCAAAAACAUGCCAGCUUUUUGUUCGCAGGGAGCAGUUUGGGGAAUCUUAGUCCGGAAUUUCUGAGGUUGUUUCACUUUAACCGCGCAACGAAAAAUGAAGACUUAAAAGGGAGCAACCAGUUAGCUAAACUGUACUUUUUGACAAAGUUGCAAAAAUUAAAUCUUUGUCGAUGUUUUUGGCGUUCUAAGUGUCGUCUUCGUUUCCUGCAAAUAAAAGGCCUUUAACACAUUUAUGCUUGGUAAUUGGCCCUGUAUGGCACCAUUAACUGGACGAGGAAGAUGUUUCAGUUUUCUGUGGGUAUACAGGCAAAUGAACAAUAGAUUUAUGGCCAAUCAGAGCGCACGUUGGGUCUGAGAAAUGUCAUGAAUGGCGAUAAUCUCGUCGGCUUAAUUUUGUAUAAGAUGAUGAAAUACUUACAAGCAGGGGGAAAAAGAAACAGAGGAAGAAAGAGAGAACCUAUUAUUUUAAAUAUUUCUUAUUCUCUAAGUAAAAUCCUUUCUUUAUUUCAGGGUCCCAAGGUUACAUCUAUUCAACGCGAGCCUUCAUCUUUUCUCUUAGAAACUACAGAGGAUAUGGAUAUUUCAAAAACGAUGUUAACGUCUAUCCACAGUAUGCCACAUACAGCUACUAUAAUUAUGGUCCGACAUUCGGUGGGGGACAUGACAUUUAUGUUGCAAGCUACGCAAGCAGUAACUCUUAUUCUUACUUCAAUUGUUACUCGUACACCAGUCCGUAUUGUGACAGCUAUGGGUGGACAGGAAACAAUAAUUUUUGUGCAGAUGAGGUAGAGGUUUACUAUGAAGCAAUUUAAACCAUUUGAGUAAUUUUUGGGAAGUGAUUGGAAGGUGUUGACCUCUAACAAUCGUAGCUACAUCCAUGUGGAAAAAAAACCCUCUUUUUUUUUCUGUCGAGGUUACAGCACAAUUCAAUGUGAAGCACGUUUUCAAUUGUUCAAGCAAAUAUAUAAAUGUGACAGAAAUUGAGUGGAGGUAUUUUUUAAGCUUCACGUAUAUACAUUCAUGCCUAUACUGUAAAACAGUGUAAUCGGUUUCAAAUUUUCUGAAAAGGAUAUGAUACUUAACUGUAUUUUACGCCCCGUCUGGUUUAUUGUUUUAAUAAAAAAUAGAUAAUUGCUCCGACGAGGGGCUACAGCUCGAAACGUCAGCUUUUAAAUUCUUUACAGCGAACAAUUUACGUUAUCAACUCAGUUGAUAACACUAAAUUACCCUAUUGCUUUAUAAGACUAAGCUUUUAAAAAAGUCUUCAUCAACAGAAGGGAAUUUGAUGAAAAAGAAUCACAAGAAUAAUUUAAUGAAGGCAUCAUUAUAAUUAUUGUCUGGUUAAAUUUGGUCAGUUUAAAUUAUGUGAAAAAUCUAAAAGAAUACGCGUGCAAUUGAGUUAAAUGUCAGAAACAGAAAAUUGAAUCUUUCAAGCUUUACUAUUGGGGUUCCUUUUCUGGGUAUAAAACAAAGAUAACGGCAAACUUAGGACCCUCCACAUCUGAGCUAAGGAAUAAAAGCUUUUUAUGUUUGUUCAUCUUGUUCUUUUUGUUCGUGCUUCGUUUCUUUUUGUUCUUUUUUCAAAGUGACGCUAUUUAUUUAGGAGGAGGC